CGGAACAAAAAAAUUUCCUUUCUAUAACUUUCUUCCCGUAUAUUGAAUGAGACAAUUGAUUUAAGAAUCCUAAUAAUUUUGUUAUAGAAUCUUGGUUUAAGUCAAAUAAACGUAACUUAAUUUUAAGUUUCAUUAAUUUAAUGAAUAUAACCUAUUUAAUUUGGUAGUGAUGAAGCAACGCUUCUUGACAACGAAAGAAACAGAUUCACGACAGAUUUACAAAAGGAGAUCCGGAGAUUCGGAGAUCCAAAGAAAUAUAUCUAAGUAUCCGGAGAACCGUGGUUGUUAUAUAUCCAACAGAGCAAUUCGCCGCAUUGAGAAAUUGAGGAAAAACGUGCUUCAUCCCGCUGCGAAGGAUAGCUUCGUCGAAGGAAGAUCGAACGACGUUCCGCGACAAGGAAAGAUCGUCGAAAGUUUGGCGCGAAAACAAAGUGCGCAUGUAGGAGAAGUGGCGGACUAGAUGGAGCUGGCAGCGCAGUGAAAACAGAAACCCAAACCGGUCAUGGAGGCUAGUUAACGACUGUGCGCCGCGCUUACGAACAGUAAUUUCACCAAGAUAUUGUGAUAUUUACGCAGACGGCGGAUAGUCAACAGAAAGAUUGCCGGUUUGAACUAAAAUGGGUGCAUACUUGUCGGAACCGAUUACGAAGAAAGUGUCAAGCGACGAAGUGGGCAAGAAUGUCGCGUUCGGCGCGAGUUCCAUGCAAGGCUGGCGAAUUAGUCAAGAGGAUGCACAUAACUGUUGUAUAGAUUUUGACGAGAACGUUUCGCUAUUUGCCGUGUAUGAUGGUCAUGGUGGUCACGAAGUAGCAACAUAUUGUGCACGUAAUCUGCCAGAUUUUAUUAAACAAACUGAUGCGUACAAAAAAGGAGAUGUUAGACAAGCUCUGCUCGAUGCCUUCUUAGGCUUUGAUGCCACACUUGAGAAACCUGAAGUAGUUGGUAUUCUUAAAGAACUUGCAGGGACUUCUACUUCAGAAAAGAAAAAAGAUAAUUUAAACGAAUCUGAUGAAGAAGAAAAUGUUAAUAAUCUAUGUAUGGAGGCAACAAUGCCAUUGGAAGAAGUAAUGGCAAAAUAUCAAUCAGAAUCAAAUCCUACUGUAAAAAAUUUGAAAAACGAAAAAUGCAAUAAACGAGGAUGUUCUGCAAGUCCUUAUUUACGUGGUCGAAGAGGUAAAGAGAAAGCAUGCUCUUCGUCAUCUGGUGCAGGAUGUUCAUCAUCUUCAUCUUCAUGGAAUACAAAUGAAACUGAUGUGAGUAGUUCCAGCCAACCAUGUGGAUCAACUUUGUCUAGUAUAACAAAAAGGAAAGAAUCGGAAUGUCCUGGAAACAAUGAAGCUGAACAAGUUCUUGAUUCAACUACAAGUAAUGGAAAUGCACAUGUAUCUGUGCCAGUAGGAUCAACAGCAGAUGUGGAAGGAACAAAGAGUGCUGAUAUGCCCGAUAGCUCUGAAGAUGUAAACAAAAAAGUUACAAGUCCUGGCAAAAUUACAUGCACAGAAUUAAACGCAAAUGAGGCAGAAUUAAAUGGUGCAGAGUCAAAGCGAAUUGAAGAUGCAGAUAGUAGUAAAGGUGGGGGUGACAAUGUAUCAAGCAGUUCGUGUACUCCAGUUGAAAAUGGAGAUGCAGAACAGCAAGAACGUAUAACUAGCACUGGUAGAAGAAGAAUUCAACCUGUCACUCUAUAUCAUACUCUUCUAAAGAAAGACAAUGAAGAUUCCGAGGAUGAUGAUGAUGAUGAAAAUGACGAAACAUUUGAUGGAAUUCCAGAAAGGUUAUGAUAGUGGAUGCACUGCAGUAGUUGCAGUUUUAAAGGGCAAUGAAUUGUACGUAGCAAAUGCUGGAGAUUCUCGUUGCGUAUUAUGCAGAGAUGGUCACGCUAUAGAGCUUAGUUUAGAUCACAAGCCUGAAGAUAAACCAGAAAUGGAGCGUAUAGUAAAAGCUGGUGGGAAAGUAACAGCUGAUGGUAGAGUAAAUGGUGGUCUUAAUUUGUCAAGGGCACUUGGAGACCAUGCUUACAAACAAAAUGUUGAUUUACCACCGCAAGAGCAAAUGAUUUCCGCACUUCCUGAUGUGAGGCAUAUCACAAUCGAACCAGAAAAAGAUGAAUUUAUGGUACUUGCUUGUGAUGGUAUUUGGAAUUUUAUGUCAAGUCAAGACGUUGUACAAUUUAUUCGUACUCAUUUGGCACAAAAUUAUGAAAAAUUGUCAAAAAUCUGUGAAGAGUUAUUUGACUAUUGUCUUGCACCUGAUACUUGUGGAGAUGGUACAGGGUGCGAUAAUAUGACAGCUGUAAUAGUUCGAUUUAAGUCAUCGGCUGAUGCUGUAACGAAUAGUACUGUUGCCGAAGUACAUACUGUUAAAAGAUCAGUAUCACCACCUGUAACCACAGAAGAAAAUAUUAUACAGGAAGACACAACGAAAUCUUGUAAACGUCUCAAAACUGAAACGACUAUACUAUAGGGUUUAUACUUGUAAUUCAACACGAUACCAUUUCUUAUUUUUACGAAAUAAAGUUUAUUUUUGAAUCCCUGGGUAUAGUGGUUGAAUGGAUGGGUGUGCGAGUAGUCUCAAAAUGUGUAAACUAUAUUGCGUAAUUACAUCAGUUGCAUAUUACGCAUCGCUAAUUUGUGAUCUUACACUAAAAUUAUUGUUAAAAGGGUAUGUAUUAUGUUAUGGAAUACUGUCUACUUAAAAUGUUUGACAUUUUUUUUUUAAUAUCUGACAGCAAUUUAUAAUGACAUAAAAAUAAUAUUUUAAAAAAAGAACAAUAAAACUAUAGAUUAAAUUUAAACAUAAAAACAUUUUAGAAAUUAAUGGGAUAUGUAUUAAAAACAAUUUAAUUUAUCAUAAGAAAUAUGUAAAAAGUGAAAAUGAAAAAAAUAUUUAAAUUAUUUAUAUGUUUUUAAGAAAUAUAUACUUUAUUUUAAUGCAAAUUAUUGAAUUCUUUUUCUAUGUAGUUACAGUACAUAAGAAUAUUUUUAACAACUAAACUGUAG